AAACAAAAUAAAACUUUCAAUGAGCCAGGGCUUAAAAAGGUUAUUUAAAAUGUCCCACUAUUAUAGCUUUCAAAAAACUCGGAAUACGAUAGUGUCCCUUAUUUAAGAUUCCCACUCAAAGGAUGCUUUGGAUUUGCACUCACAGUAGUAGAAUUUAUACCAAAACCCAGACACAUCGGAUAUUUCAAUGUGUGUAUACCACACAGCAAUUAAACCGAAAACAACAUUUAAAAAUUGCUUUUGCUAUUGCAUAUCAUAUUCACCAAAAAUGCAUACCGUGAGUGGCAAGAAUCUGAGCCGCGAAGAGUUAGAGGAAGUGAACAAAUGGCUGCAACAAAAUAGUAUUAGCACUCAAAGAUUGCGUCGUGAGUUUUCCGAUGUUUUGCCGUUGGCCGAAAUAUUCAAACGCGACUAUCCGCGAUUGGUUGAUCUCUACAAUUAUCCCAAGAAGAGUAGUGUUCAGCUGAAGUUGGCCAAUUGGGAGACAUUUAACUUUAAAGUGUUAUCCAAGUUGAAUAUGACGUUGACCAGAGAUUUUAUGGAACAAAUGGCAAAUGGUGUUAGUGGUGCCGCCGAAGUCUUGUUGCAUGAAGUGAUACGAUUGGAGAAACGACAACGCCUGGCAGAGCAACGAAAUGCGGCAUUGCGGCAAGAACAUCUUUGGGAGGAAAAUGAUGAGGUGAAAACUGUUGUGGUCAACAAGCAGGUGGGCGAUGGCAUUGUUCAGGUGCCACAAAAAAUGAUCCUAUAUUCGCUGUACGAGAAAAUUGCACGCGAUAGUCAGGCAAAGGAUGUUAUCAUCGAUGCGUAUCAACAGCGAUUGACCCACAUGGAGAGGAUUAUUAAAAUCAAAACGGAACGGAUAGACGAACUUCUGAUGCAGAUGGGAAAACAACCACAAAAGAGAGCUGCUAGCAACGCAUCCAAUUGUUUUUUUGCUUACGAUGGCAAGGACUCCCUAACCCAGAAGAAUAUAAAUCCAACGCAAGUUUCAUCACCAACCGAUCCGGACAGCUCCACCGCCUAAUAGGAAUCUUUGAUUCACUAUUGAAUAGUUAUUUAUUGUUAGAUUGUGGAUCCAAAUUACCGAUUACCGGCUAAAUAGAUUACGAAAUAGACAAA